AUAUGACUCUUCUAGGUGAUAUAUAUAAGCCGAGUAGGUAGUUGGAAAUAGAAUAGAUACUGACGGCUUGCUUCAUUGAGAUCUCAGAAGCAUCUCUUUUGAAAACUCACAAUGAACGGAGCUGUCAUCUUUCUCCUCGUAGCCCUUGUGGCAGGUCCCGUAGUCAACGCAACAACGCUGUUCCCCAACCGUAUACAUCCCAGUCGAUAUAGCCCCAGACGAGACGCGUACCCUUGGGCCUACCGUUGGAAGUACCCUGGGGCCUACCCUGACGCUGGUUUCCAAGGCGGUUUCCCUCAGCCACUCCAGGGUGGAUACUACAGGGAUGAGUUGUACGACCGUCGAAGGUCAGGUUUAGGACGACCUAUCGGACCCACACUGUUGCCUCAGUACGACCCUUACUACGCGGGUCCUGGCAACAGCUACUUGCAUGGAGCACAGUUUGACUUGUUUGACACACAAGCUUCCAGACGGUCAGGUGUACUCCCAGCAACCGCCGCCGCCGUUCCAAUGAACACACAGACAGGAGUGUAUCCGCGUGCACCCGCCAUGAUUUAGCGCUGUCUUUACGCUGUUUAAGGACCGAGUGCAUUAUUAAAUCCACGGUGUGUUUUCUCAUU